AUGUUUGCGCCGGGGGUCCUGGUCUUCCCUUGUUCUGGUCUGUUCAUCGCCUCACCCCCACAAUCCCCCUGUUUCCACCUUAUUGGCAGGUUCCUACCUGGCUGCUUUGCCGUACUCGAACUGCCCCCCAGCUUUCCCGGCCUGCUCCCCGGGUAUACGUCCCCCGCACCGGCCCUGGUCCUGGAGCUCCUGGAGCGCGGGUCUCUGUCCGGACUUCUGCGUACACAGGCGAUAAGGCCAUGGAAAUUCAUGUAUGACGAUGUUACGGCACUGACGUGGAGUAUUCAAGUUGCGAGCGCGCUGGCGCACCUGCACGGACUCAGCCCCGCUGUUAUUCACCGGGAUGUGAAACUGGAAAACGUUCUCCUGAAGGCCGAGUCGGAUGGAGAUGGAGCCACGGCACAGAUGGCAAAGCUUGUGGACCUCGGGCUUCACGUGGUUCCCGCGCAUCUUCCGGAUCAGCAUCGCCAACAACAUCUCUUCCGCGCCUCCAGGAUCUCCCGCAACUCGGCGGCAUCGCCCUUCACAAGCACUUCCGUUCCCCCGGGCGGGGGCGAAAUGAGGCCUUUCUCUGCAGCUUUUGAGAGCGUUACAUACUCCGGAGGCGGCUGCAGUUACGGCGAUGAUGACAGUAGUCGCAGCUCCAGCAGCGCUCCCGGGCCCUUUUUCGCGCGGCUUGCAGGAUCCAAUCGUUUGAUGCCGGUGGAUCCUAAAUCCCCAGGGCUCCGAAACCGCAACGCCGAGCUGCUUUUCUUAGAUGAUGGGAAGGCAGACCCCAUGGUUCCGCAGAAAUCAUCAUGGUCUAUACGCGUUAAAGAUGGGGGGAGGCUCAGUAGGGACGGCGACACCGGCUGCGCUGGUUGCCGCAGUAGCAGUUGCAGCAGCAGCAGCAUCGUUCUCCCCUUAGCGCCGUUUGAACUCAGCGGCCUGUCAGUACCGCUGCGCAACCCGACUUGUAAAGAUCGUGUGGUUUUGCUCGCGUCGGUUUCGGAGGCAGCGGCGGCGGCCGCGGCGGAUGGUGGUGAUUGUAGAUUAGCGGAAGUGGUGGCGGCGGCGGCGGCGGAUGGUGGUGAUUGUAGAUUAGCGGAAGUGGUGGCGGCGGCGGCGGCGGCGGCGGAUGGUGGUGAUUGUAGAUUAGCGGAAGUGGUGGCGGCGGCGGCGGCGGCGGCGGAAGGCAGCGGAGCUUCGCGCCGUGUGUUGGCUCCGUCACCGUCACCAACGUCAUCACCCCGACCAACAGUGCAGGACGCGGAACAGCCGUCAGGACGCAGCGUAGAGGGGGAGGACGACGACUGUGAAGGCGGCGCGUCCCCGGUACGACAGUUGUCACAGUUCGAUGAAGGAGAAGAUCUUCCGCAGGUUCCGCCGCCGCCGCCGCGGCCACCGCCGCCGCUGGCCCUGCCCCAGUCGUCGCCGCCCCGCCGCCCCGCCGCAUCCACUGCAGCCGCCGUCAUCACCGCCACCUGCGCCACCCCGAACUGGUCCUCGGGCGACAGGGGCAGUGUCGCCGUACUUUUGGAUCCAAGCCGCAUGGACAGCACCGGGCAGCUAUCUGACGCGGCGGCAGCGGCAGCUCCGACGAAGGCGGCGGCGGCGGCAGUGGUGUCUAGCUGCGUCACCUUGAUUGUGAAUUCGGGGGCGGCUGCGCUGUCGGAUCCGCCCCCGCCUCCGCCACCGCCUCCGCCACCGCCACCGGGCUCUCGGAUGGACGGCGUCGACGCCAAAGGCGGCGGCGGAAGUGGUGGCGAAGAUCCUGGACCUGCCGGGAUCAGCAGAGGCUGCUCGGCGGAAGUGGUGACGGCGGUGUCGGCGGCGGACGGCGGCGGCGGUGACGGCGGCGGUGGGGGGGAAACUAACCUGCAGUCGCCGGUGUGUGAACAACGGUCGCCGCUCACUUCCGUGCCGUCAGCUGUCCCGCCGGGCAGUAACGUAACGUUGCUACAGCCGCCGCCGCAGCCGCCGCCUCCAUCGGCAGCCAACGCCACCGCCGCCCAGGCGAGGCUCCUGCCGUACGAGCCCUCUGUACUGUACGAGUCAGUGUACCGCCUGACGGGAGUGACGGGCUCACACAUGUCAAUGGCGCCCGAGGUGUUCCAGGGUUUGCCGUACAAUGAAAAGGCUGACGUGUUCAGUUUCGGUGUACUGCUGUACGAGCUGUUCAGUCGCUCCAUGUUGAUGGUGACGCACCUCAAAACCCGCGUGACGGGGCUGUCCAGGCCGCUGCUGCAGCCCAGGGAGUACGCGGAGGCGGUGUCCGAGGGCUACCGUCCCUCCCGCCCCUCCGCCAUCCCCCGCCCCGUGUGGGGCCUUAUCUGCGCAUGCUGGGAUCAGGACCCCGUCCUACGACCCGCCAUUAAGGAGGUGGUGGCGCAGCUUGAGGCCAUAAAAAAGGAGCUUGAGCGAGCCGGAGGCGGCGGUGGUGGCGGCGGCGGCGGUACCGGCGGUAGUGUUGUACGGCUGGGCGGCGGCAGGGCCAUUGCCGGCCGGGGCGGCAACGGCAACGGCAACAGCGGUAUCGGCCGGAGCCCUCGAGUCCAGAUGAACACAGCGCCGUCGCCGUCGCCGUCCCGAGGCUGCCCGGAUUGCUGUGUGAUAAGUUGA